ACUGUCUAGUCUACCAUCCAUCUCCGCUCCGCUCUCCUCGCGCUCGGUCGGUCCGAUUGAUAAAGAGUGAAAAACUUGCAUUAAUCCGUUUUAAAUCCUCUCAAAGUCUAAGUUUUCACUUCCAAAAUGAACGGUGUCGUGAAAUCUACCCUCAAGUCUGUAUUCUCCAAAAGUUUUUCGAGCCUCGUGAGGCAGAAUGUCGUCAAUGAGCCGGCUAAGCGACAAUUCGCCAGGACCCUAUGGCACGUGUGCUCCAACAACGACGCCUCUUCAAACAAUUUGGGCCGUAUCCAGCAAAAUCAACCUUCCAUUCUAUGCCAGUGUGGGUGCGGAGCGAUAAGAGGAGCACAUACCAAAGGUGAUUACCGAGAGAGUGAAAAAGAGCUCGCUGAAUUCUUGACCGAAGAAAUUGAUGCUGAGAAGAAGCUCCAAAAACAGAAAACAAUCCCAUCAGAAAUUGAAGGGUUUCAAGUCAAGUUGGAAGGAGCAGAAGUAACACUCACCAAGAAAAAUGGUGAUGAAACAGUCCAGAUUUUCUUCAAUGUAAACCAUUCAGUCGACUCAGAAGCUGAGCCAGAGAUCAAUCCCAAUGCAGACAACCCAGAAGUCGAAUUACGGUCAAAGCCUACCUUUGAGGUGGAACUGAAACGCGGCUCCAAAGUAAUAGGUUUCACCUGCUCCUACCUCAUCGAUACUGAUCAAUCAGAAGAUGAAUGUGGCGACAUUUUUGGCAUUGAUGAAUUGGCCAUCUAUGACAAAGAAUGGGAAGACUCUACCUAUGCUGUGUCUGGCCAAGUUUUGGAUGGCUAUCUCUAUGAUUUGCUCAUGAACCUUUUGGAAGAGAAAGGCGUCUCGAACGAGUUUGUGAGCAAGAUGAGCGACUUGAGCACGGUCUACGAGCAUUUAUCUUACAUCAAUCUCCUUGUUCAGUUACAAAACUUUGCCUCUGGCAAGUAAUUACUUAAGCAUUUACUCAAGAAAACAUUAACUGAAAUCAACAUCUAAGUACUCUCUGUUCGUGUGAGUUCCGGUGCAUUAGUAAAUAGUCCAGCGUCACUCAUUUAAUUUUUCACUGUACUAUUCAACCAACUGCAAAGCUUUGUUACUAUUACUUUCCUUUUUUUAAGUCAAAUUAGAUGUUAGUUUUUUUCCUACUGUAAGUUUUAUUUGUAUGAAUUGAAUAUAUUAAGCCAUUAUUUUAAA